AUGCAACACGUUCCAGCGUGGAAGAAGAUCGCUAUUGCCGCGAAGCAAGCGGGCAACGAGGAGCAGGAGUCGGCUUUGAAUGUCACAACACAUCUGGCGACUGGGUCGCUUUCGAAGCGGGAGAAACGGUCGAUCAUCAGGGGCGAGCCGGAAGCUGCAGCGCAGCGGCCGGCCAAGAAGCGCAAGCGCGAGAAGGCGCCACGGGAGCAGCGGUUGGCUGACAAGGACCUGGUGCUGCGGGACCAGCUGCGGUACCUGAUCGAUUUCUACCGCGAGCGGGUGGGCGAGCUGCCGCAGGCGGUGUGGGAGCACGGCGCGGCGCGCGCGCAGGUGCUGGAGGCCAAGGAGGAGGAGAAGACGGAGGAGCCCGCGGUGGUGACGGCGUGGAAGUUUUCCAAGCAGAAACAGAACUGGCUGUUGAAGCAUGUGCUUGACACGGGCGAGAUCCCGACGUGCUACGACGAGCUGCUGGCUGCGUACGUGCGGGAUCUGCGCGGGCGGGCGCGGGAGGUGCUGGAGCAGCGUCUGCGGGAGGAGCUGGAGCGGGAGGAGGGCGAGGAGGGUGAGAAGGGCGAGAAGGGCGAGAACAGCGAGAAGGACGACGAGAACGCCGAGAACGCCGAGAGCCCUGAGAACCCUGAGAACCCUGAGAACCCUGAGGACGCCGGCAACAAAGACGCCACGCAGACCGACGCUGCCCCCAGCGCGGCGCUCGUGCGCGCGCGCCUGCUGCUCGAGCACCUGGCGUCCUAG